UUCAUUCAAGAACCAUUUGAAGAAAAGUAUGAAGUAGGUGACGAGAUAGGAAGUGGCCACUUUGCAGUGGUAAAGAGAUGCACUCAUAAAGAAACAGGCCAAGAAUAUGCAGCUAAAUUUAUCAGGAAGAGAAGGGGUGGAGGGAAGAAAGGGGCUAAAAUGGAAGAUAUUAAGAAAGAGAUUGAAAUACUACGAUGUCUUCAUCAUCGUAAUAUUAUCAAUGUAUAUGAUGUGUAUGAAACUAGAAAUGAAGUUAUUUUAGUUUUAGAACUUGUAUCAGGUGGUGAACUGUUUGAUUAUAUCUCAGAGAAAGAUAAACUCAGUGAGGAGGAAGCAUGUAAAUUUCUAGUACAGAUAUUGGACGGUGUCAAACAUCUCCAUGACAAUGAAAUAGCUCAUUUAGAUCUCAAGCCUGAAAAUAUCAUGUUAUUAAACCACAACAGUCAGAAUAUCAAAUUGAUAGAUUUUGGCUUAGCUCAGAAAAUAGAUCCUAAAGGUGACAUUCGAGCUAUGAUGGGCACUGCUGAAUUUGUGGCACCAGAAGUAAUAAGUUAUGAACCAUUGUCUCUAGCAACUGAUAUGUGGAGUAUAGGUGUUAUAACAUAUAUCCUG